AUGGGGCUAACAAUUUGGGCUAGACGUUGCUCGGCCGGGGGAUGGGGCUCCGGCCAGCUAGAUCGGGGCAGGCGGCCUGCGGCCGGCGGUGCGACGGGCUGGACUCGCAGCGGCGCUGCGCCGGCCUGUGAGCGGGAUGCGGUGGAGGUGGGGGUCGGGCAGGGCAACGCGCACGAGUCGUCCCCCACGCCGGACUUCACCCACGUCCUCUCCGUGGUCAGCUCCGCCUCCAUCUCCUUCAUCACCGACUGCCGCCCGGGCCUCGCGAUCCCCACCGAGGAGGUCCACCGCGUCAUCGCCGGCGAGGAGGGCGCGCCACCGACCGCCGCGGUGCCCCCCGGGACGCUGAUGCGGGUGGUGGAGCGCGCCGGGCAUGGGCUGCGGGUCACGCGCAUGGCCGUGCCGCUGCGGGACACCGAGGAGGAGGACCUGCUCGACCGCCUCGAGCCCUGCCUUGAUUUCAUCGACGAGGGCAGGAAGGUCGGGAAUGUUCUCGUCCAUUGCUUUGCUGGGGUGUCGAGGAGUGCUUCCAUCAUUGUUGCUUAUCUUAUGAGAUCAGAACAGAAAUCUCUUGAAGAUGCAUUAGAAGCUUUGAAGGAGAUUUCUGAGUCGGCGUGCCCGAAUGAUGGUUUUCUUUACCAGCUGAAAUUGUUUGAAGAAAUGGGCUUCAGGGUUGAUACUUCAAGUCCUUUGUACAAGAGAUUCCGCUUAAAAUUAUUAGUAGAAGACGGUGCUUUGGAAGGAAAGCUAUCAUGCAUCCACUACGGAGCUCGGUUGGGAUACUUCAACUGGGCAGGAAUACAGUGCAACUGUGGCAGCUGGGUUACUCCUGCCUUCCAAAUUGUUAAGAGCAAAGUUGAUAUCAGCACCAUCUAG